GACUUGCGCCACGGUGUUGGACGCGUCAUCAAACAUGGCGGCACCGGUUGUUGAUUUGGCCGUUUUCUGUCUAAAAUUAUAUUAAAAUUUAAAUAAAAUAGUAAAGUAAAAACCCGGCCUUGCCGUUUGAUGGCAGCAAUGACUCCCGUUUUACACUUUUUGCGGCUACUGCAUGUCAACAGUGACUGUAAAUGAAGCCUGAGCACCAGGACACGGUUUUGCAGGCAUGCGGCGCUGCCUCGCUGCGUGUCGGCUCCAAGAUCCAGACGCUGUGGAGCGGCUACGGCGAGAUCGUCCGCUUGCAUCUGGAAGGCUGCGAGCGGCCAUCAGUGGUCGUUAAGCACGUCAAGUUCCCCCCCAACGGGGGCGAACACGCCACCGCCGCCCAUCGCUCCCAUAUGAGGAAGGUGAGGUCUUACGAAGUGGAGACCCACUGGUACCAGAACUACGCCACCAAUUCCAAGUGUCGGGUACCCGCCUGUUUCACCGUUAGUUCCCAUGAAGAUGAGAUUCUCAUUGUACUGGAAGACCUGGAUGUGGCUGGUUAUGACCAAAGAAGAACCAACGUAAACGAUCAUGAGAUGAGGGCAUGUCUCAGCUGGUUAGCCCACUUCCACGCUCACUUCCUGGGCGUAGCUCCGCAGGGCCUGUGGCCAGUGGGCACCUACUGGCACCUGGAGACACGCCCGGAUGAGCUUGAGGCCAUGGAUGAUGCCAGGCUGAAGGCAGCGGCUGGUGCGGUGGAUGAGGCGCUUAACAGCUGCCGCUUCCUGACCAUCGUGCAUGGCGAUGCCAAGCUGGCCAACUUCUGCUUCUCCUCCGACGGACGGGAUGUGGCGGCCGUGGACUUCCAGUAUGUGGGCGGCGGCUGUGGGAUGAAAGAUGUGGCUUACUUCCUAGGCAGCUGUCUCAAAGAAAGGGAGUGUGAGAAGAAGGCGCCGGGCCUCCUGGAUCAUUACUUUUCUGAGUUAAAGUGUGCGUUGAGCAGCACCCAGCUGGACUUUGUGGCAUUGGAGAAAGAGUGGCGGGAGAUGUUUGCCUUCGCAUGGACCGAUUUCCAACGCUUCCUGCUGGGGUGGAUGCCGGGACAUUGGAAGGUCGACCGCCACAACAAGAAGCUGACCGAAGAGGUCCUGAGCAAGCUCAAGCUUUGAAUACAACAAAAGCUUCGGCUUUGGUCUUUUUUUUUUUAUUGAUACAUGUCGCACGAAAAGAUGAUACAAAAUAGAAAUGUCAGUGCAUGGCUGCAAUGUCGUAUUAAAAAAAAGUCUGAUCCAG